GCUGUUUGUCUUCUUCUUCCACCAAAAUUUAUAACAAAAAUUACAGGAAAUUUAAGAAACUAUUAAAAGCCCUUUAAAAAUACAAGAAAAUGGCACAAGUCGCUUUUCUGGACAACCUGCUAAGGGAAUAUUUAGUUUUCCGUGGCUUCUCGGGCACCCUGAAGGCCCUCGACUUGGAGCAGCGCACGGAAAAGGACCAAAAUUUUCGGGCGGAGAGGAUUCUGGAGCAAUUUAAUAAUGCUGUGCAAACUUCCGAUCUUCAGGCUUUAAGGACCUUGUGGUUCCACCUGGACAACAAUAUAUUCUCCAAGCUGGAGCACACAUACGCCGUGGCGGUCAAGAAACUGGAAAACAGCCUCCUGAAAUAUUAUUUAGUGACCGCCUAUACCAGCAAUCGUCCCGAAAAGGUGUCGGAAUUCUUCAAUAAGUUGGCAGGCGAUCUGCAGCAGCAGAGCGAGUGGAAGGAUUGGUUUUAUUUCCCCUUCUGCAAGAACGCCGAGGAGUCGCCCAGCUUCGCCCUGUUCUUCACCAAGCAGUGGCAGGAUACCUUGCUCCUGUCGCUGCGAAACUUCCUGACCACCGUCUAUCAGUGUCUACCGCAGCCCACGUUUGUGCGGGCGGAGCAGGAGGCGGCCCACAUGCAGCGCCUCAGCGAGGACAACGCGGGACUGCGCACCCGCCUGCUCAACCUGCAGCAGGAGCUGCAUCAGAUGACCCAACAGCAGCAGGGAAGUUCCGCUGCCGGAACCAGCGGAGGAUCCAUUGGCGAUGGUGGCGCCCGGCGACGCAGCGUUUAUCGCCAGCAGCAGAGCCUCAGCGACAUCCUGCCCUUCGAUAUCAGUCCACCUGGCCACAUUGUCGACGACUUCUGCAUCAUUGCCUCCGAGGCGAAUAGCGUGAGCCAGGCCAGCGAUGCCCAAGCCCGGAGUCUCAAGCAGCUCAUCCGGAACAUCGGUUCUGGAAGCUCGCCGGUGAUGGGACGCAAGGAUCAGGCAGCCAGUUCCCUGGGCGAUAAGUCUACCAAACGCAGGUCGGGCAGCGUGGGACGUAGUUGGAUUUAGUAAGAAAGGUAAUUAA